CUGUUGCGCAGUAAACACCUGGACCUCCUGAGUAUUCGGGAAUUUUGUGUUGUGACACUUAUACGUGAUGAAUUCUAUGAGAACUAUAUUGUCAAGGAGGAUUUUUUUCAUUGUAACAUUUUAGGAAUAAUGAACAUCAUUUCUGCAGUUGUUUCAGAUUGUGAAGCUGUAGCGCCAGGUGACAGACAAGGCUUGUGGCAGUCAUGCGGGGUGUGCCAGUCUUCCCCUUGUGGGUGCUCUUAGCCCUCCUUGUUACCCUCAGCUUCUCGCGGGCUCAGGUGGGUCUGCGGACGGCGCCCCUCACUGCUCCAAGGGCGCGGGAAGUCUCUAGCAACGAUGGCGGUGGCUUGGGUCUCUUUUCUAAGUGGUCAGCGAUGGACCUGCACAAGAACCGCUCCAGCAGUAUCGAGAGCUCCUUGGCGGCCAUCUUCCGUGGUGUGGCCUAUGGCCUGUCUACCAUCCCUUCCUCGACCACUUCCACCACCACUACCACCACCACCCUGCCCCCCAAGCGCCACACUACUCCCUCCACAACACUAUUCCUGGAAUUCAGGGGCACUCUGAACCUGACUGGACUGACUUGGAGGGAAUCUUGUUCGAGACGGCGUUUGAAGACCUUCCGGCAGAAUAUACCGACAUGCUUCCCGACGCUAUAGAUGGUGGAGGUGGUGCGGGCGGGCACGGGCGUGGAGCUGAGCAAGGCGGCGUGGGUACGUGCACUGGGUGUGGCAUGGGUGGUGCACGUGUACUGCGCCGCAGGGAUGUACAGUUUGCUUGCAGUACUAGCACUCCUGUGGCUCUCAAGGGUGCACGCCGCCACACGUCUCCUGCCACGCGGGUACUACAUCACACUACACCUGCUCAUGUUCCUUGCUGCUUUCCUUCGCUGUGCCCACUUGUUUCAUGAUCCGUAUGGGGCCGAGCACAAGCUGCCUGAGGCUCUAGCGGCUGUCGUGGAAGAGAUCGGGUGGCCUUGUCUCACCGCGUCCAUAGCUCUGGUGGUGAUGGCCGUGGUGCAGGCGUGGCGCUGCCCCCCACACCUCCCUCCUCGGCAGCAAGCCCCCAUCGCCCUCGCUGUCAUUACAGUCUUCCAUCUUAUGGUGUCUAUCUGUGCCCACCUGUUCUCAGUUGUGUUUCCGGAACACUCGGGUCCGCUGCGGGCCGCAUCACGAACGGCAACAGCGGCAUGGGGCGGUGUCAUCGGUUUCGGAAGCUUUUUGGCUGUUUGUCGCGUCGCUCAAGCGACCCGACACCGCCAUGGACCUGACAGUGAUGCUGAGCCGCGACUCGGUGAGGGACGGCACAACACCCCCGCGCUGCUCUUAUACAUGGUAUUCAUCUCUUUAAUAGCAGCAUUUGUCCAGGUAAUCCUGGCGGCCCUACACCUAUACGGACUCCUCGGUCCUCACUACGUCUCCCAGCUGCCGCCCGCCCACCCCUGGCACUGGCUGGCCUUCCAGAGCACCUGCUGCUUACUGGAGCUCUUGGCCUGGGUGCUAUUGGCUCUUAUUUCCUUGUUAACAGUGGGAGGUACCCCGGUAAAGCGCGAGUCCCGCAAAGAAGGAAGGCUGUUAUCUGUGUUGUGGUGUGGGUGGUGCGGGAGCUGUGUCACCCAGGGGGCACCAGAUAACGAGGUUUUUUCCAGUGCUUGCCAGACCAGCCAGGCUGUGAGGAGCUACACGUUGCAGAACAGUGCUAACACCGUCCCACAUGAGGCGCUGAGCCACUCCCAUUCACCACGACACGUAACAACCACGUCCCUCCACAAACCAGCUCCGUUUCGUCCCACAGCUCCCGACGUCCACUUGUUGUGGAGUCACAGCCGCACCCAAGACGCUUUCUCCUCAAGUUGCUCCUCCAGACCUUCCUCUAUGGUGUUUAACGACACAAAUCUCGGGAGGUUUAAGAGAUCAAUGAAUCCUCAGAGUGGAAUGUCUGAGGCUCCGCAAAGAUCUCUCCAGAAUUUGGAAGCCCAAAUUGGGACAAAGAAAUCAAGUUUGUCACAGAAGACAACCCAGCAAGAUGCACCAGCCUAUGAUCAACACCUAUACUACAGCGUGCCCAGAGCCAAGGUCAAUUCUCCCGUUAAACCCAUUACUUCUCCGGGUUCGGGGCUACGGGACAACCGUUUCGAGCAUCACCUGCAAAACCACCCAUGUGCUGACCUGGACAGCGCGGCGAGCGAAGCCGGUCAGUCAAGGAGCGAUGUCGUGAGUAUGACGGACAACAGUUCUACGGACGCGCUCUCCUCAGCAGUGGUGGGCGACAACGACUCCCAAAUAUACCAGCACCUGUUCUCUAUCAGCGCGGCCAACAGCUUCGACGUCCGUAUGUGUGAUGAUUCUGAUGUACCUUACUACCAGAUUCCUUACACUGCCUCACCACACGUGAAUCCGUCAGGGCAUCAACAGUCCCCACCUCCUCAUCUUCCCCAUCACAGUGUCCUGCAGGGAGAAUUCACGGGUGGCGUACACGGUUCUAUAUUACGGCAGGCUGACCAAGUAAGACCUUAUCAAGCUUCCCGCACGUCUUCCCCCGCCUCCAGCCAACAGAAUGAGCACCGUUCACGACCUACACACGACCUCCAGACUCGUGGAUCCCACCCUGAGCUCGUUGCCCCUGCCAGUCCACCUCACUGUCAUCAGCGUAUUCCUGGGGAUCCCAAGUGGGACUCUCCGGGCACACAGUGGCCUCCUCAGAGUAUCCACAGGGGCCUCAAAAGUGCUCAGACGGACGCCCCAGUUCACUUGCAAAGCACCAGAAACACUGACGAAUCAUCCAAGAUAGAAAGAAAAUUGCCCGAGUUGUCACAGUCUGAUAACCUUCCACAGCUUAAUUCCAGACACCUCGUAAAGGUAGUUAUGAGAGACUCCUCCCAAAGUAGCGCUGGCAACACUAACGUCGAGGAUCUAGGCUUGUCUUCAGUGCCACAAAAGUGCCACCGAGCUCAGCAAACCCACCAUCGUCGUCGGAGUGGCAGGGGUGAGAAGGUUCGUCCGUGUGGCCACCUUCCACGCACCAGGCAGGAGUCUCCUGGUGUAGGUGCCACAACACCAGCCGUCCAAGGCCAAGACAACCUCCAGAGUGACCAGCUGCACGAUGGUCCACAAGAUGAGGCGUCGUCAACAGCUGAUGGUGCGACUCAGACCGACGUCAACACUGUAUCAUCAGCGUCGCCUUCUUCAUCUCGUCCAGGGUCCUCCUUGGGGUCACAUUCAGACCUCCCAUCAGAAGGUGUCGACUCUGAGAACGAGGUCACUCAUGGAAUUCACGAAUACCCCAAAAGUGAAGCGCGAGAUUGGCAGACCCCGGGCUGCCCCCAAGAAGGCAUGAAUACCCUCGACCAGCACCCAGGCCAAGUUACAACCCCUGACACAAGUAGUGGUGAACAGUCAACAGUGUGUGUGUGUGUGUGUGUGUGUGUGUGUGUGCGUGUGACAUACUUGUGCUCAGAGUGCGGGGAUGGCUAAUCCACACCCUUGUGAUAAUUUCCUUUUUAAAUCCCUUUGCUACACCUUGCUUCUCUCUGUUCCACGUAUACGUAAGAAAAAUCCGACUGGUUGUUACUACACUCCAUUGACAUAAUAGUAAUACCAUUAUCUCGAGUUCAUCUUAGUAAUUUAUACGAAAUAAUCCUAUUAACCCUUCAAUCUAUUCCAAUAACAGAUACGGACCUAGAUAAUCCUGGAAGAGGCAAAGCCGUAGAAAAACAACAAUAGCAUUACCGUACAAAAGAAAAAAACACACAGUUUCAUCUCCAAAGUGAUCAUGAGUGUAAAUGUAAUAACUCAUAAAUUUUAAAUACGGGAAUAAACAAUACGAAAAGUGCAUAAGAAAAUAUAUAAAAAAAUCAAUUUUUUUUUUACAUAUAAAGAGAUUAGUGCAUUGACCGCGGUAGGUUGGGAUUCCUCUCUAUGUCUCACUUUACGUUUGUUCAUAAAAAAAACAAGACGCGAAUUCUUUAUGUUAGAUCUAUAAGUCAUAUAUUAAGUGUGAUAUAUAAAGAGAUGUUUUCAAGUUCCAAAAUGAAGGGCCACAUGUGAUAAUCAUAGGUUGUAUUAGGUGUGUGUUUGUGUGUCCGUCUGUGAUGAUGUUCUUACAGAUGGAAAAGUAUCUUGAGUUAUAUAUUAAGCAGAUGUAUGAAUAUAAUAAUGAUAACAAUAAUAAUAACUGCGCUUCAACUAUAAGAGCUGACUUGAGUGAUUAAAACAAAGUGUGUAGUUUAAAUACCACACAUGACCGAGAAUAUAUUAAAACUAACCUUAAACCCUCUACCAUAAAGAGAAGGUUUAAGUAACACACUAUAGACGAUAUAUAUAAAAUAGACUUAAACCAUUUCUCACGACCUAAAACAAUUUAUUAUAAGCAAAACCCACAUGAGACUUAAAACAGACAUCUUAAAAUUAGACAUAUCACAAUUAAGUCAUAAUACAGACUUUCACACAAGAUAUAAAAUAUAGAUUCAUAUACGAAAAUUAUAUAAGCUCGGCAUAAUCCCUAAAAAAAAUAAUACAACUUAUUUUUUACCGAUUUUACCAAUAUUAUAUAAUUUAUUUCCUAUAUAAUUUUGUACAUCCUAUGUCUUACCUUAGUAUCUUCAAUGUCAUAUAUUAUAGUCAGUAAUAUAGGUCAAACUUCACUUACAGUAUAUAUUGAGGUUAAGGUGAAUCAUCAAUAAGCACCAAGUCACAUAAAUGUCAUCACUUAUAUUAAAUGUCACGAGUCUUGACAUUACUGAUAUGACAAGAAGAAGAAAAUAGUGAUAUCGGUAUAAAAAAAAAUGCUUGGCGAUAACAGCGACUUGAAAAUGAUUUAAUAUCGGCUCCAUAAAAGUUUCGAUAUCGGGUUGACUAAAUUACCUAACAUUGUCUUAAUAGAUUGAUAGAACCUAUGAAAUCGAAACAAGAAGAAAUACCUGAAAAUACACUACAAUAUCGGGUAAAUAAACACACAAGUGAUAUCGGCCUUUUACCCAAUUUGCAAUGAGUUAAAACGAGUGAUAUCGGGUUCAUAUAUUUUGCGAUAUUAGCCGAUUAAAAAAGAAGUGUCAAAACUGCUAUAUCACCUAAUCAAACUACCUGACCCCGGGUUCAUUAAUUUACUUUGUCAACAGAAUACGACUCAUUAUAUUCACUAAUUAAAAUAAAUCGUGUAAUCAACAUAAGUAAAAAUGGGGAUUUAUUGACGAAAUUAAACAUAGGAUAUCAAGUAAAUCCUUUGAUGACGAUGGUUUAACCCCUAUGAGGAUGAUGGUUUAACCCUUUGAGGACGAUGGUUUAAUCCUUUAAAGAUUAUGAUUUAAUCUUUUGAGGACUAUGGUUUAACCUUUUGAGGAUGACGAUUUAACCCGCUGAGGAUGAUGGAUUAACUCUUUGAGGAAGAUGUUUCAACCCUUUAAGGAUGACGGUUUAACCGGUUUUAGGAUGAUGGUUUAACCCUUUGAGGAUGAUGGUUUAACCCUUUGAGGAUGAUGGUUUAACCCUUUGAAGACGAUGGCUUAACCCUUUGAAGAUAAUAGGUUAACCCUUUGAAGAUGAUGGUUUAACCCUUUAAGGAAGAUGUUUUAAUCUUCUAAUGAUUAUCGUUUGGCUAACCCUUUGAAGACAAUAGCUAAACCCUUUACAAACGAUAGCUUAACUCCUUAGGAGGAAGGUUUAAUCCUUUGAGGGAGAUGGUUUUAACUCUUUGAAUACGAUAGCUUAACUCUUUACACAUGAGCGUUUAAACCUUUGAAUACGAUAGCUUAACCCUUUAGAUACGAUGUAUUAACCAUUUGAAUACGAAAUACGAUAGCUUAACCCUUUACAAACUAUGGUUUAACCCUUUCAAUACGAUAGCUUAACCCUUUACAUACGAUGGUUUAACCCUUUGAAGACGAUGGCAUGGUAUCGUAUAACGGGGACGAACGAUUCAUUACGAUAAUUCUCUGAUUUUUACCAUCUCUCCAGGAGACGUCUACGAUAAUGAUGACUUAUAGUGAGAAAAGAAGCGAAACAAUAUGGUUAUCGACUCUGUGAUAAUUCAAGACAUGAUAAUCGCGACACUUCAAUAUUUCAAGAACAUCAUAUAAUCGACACGAUAUAUAAUAAUCUAAGGCAUCAUAAUCGACUACCUAAUAAGCAAUGGUUAAUAUUAAUCGACACUCCGAUAAUCAAACACAUAAUCGACACUGCAAUAAUUCAACACCAUGAUAAUCGAUAAUAAA